GCCGCAGUUCCACCCGUUCUUGUCGUCUCCAGCGCAGUCACCCAUCCCCUUCUCAGCAACACCGACCGCUCAGACGAGCCAGGAGGCCGUACCGACGCUCCAACUGUGGUCAAACUGCCCAACUCCACUUGGAAGAAGGCUAGUGAACUGGAGGGUAGCAAUUGCACUUCGGCAGACUACUUUCAGCUGGUGA